AUGCAUCAGAAACUGCUCUUCUUAGUGUUCCAAAUUAUUUCCUUCUACUUUUUAUCGUUAGCAAUAUCAUCAUCAACAUUACGGGAAUCAUCAACGACAUUCUUUCAGGCAAAACCAGGUUGCCAAUUAAAAUGUGGGAAUGUUACCAUUCCAUACCCAUUUGGUAUAGGUGAUGGCUGCUUUAUUGAUCGAGAUGCAAUUGGUCAGAAGUCUGGAUAUAACAUGAGAUGCAAUACUUCAUAUGAUCCUCCAAAACUCUUAGUGGGUAAUUCUGGGGAUAUAGAAAUAUUAAGUAUAUCAGAGACUGAAUUGCGCAUGAACUUCGGAACCAUGAUAACCAACAAAUGUUACAAUGAAUCUGGACACAGAGUUCCUGGUCUUAUAUGGACUUUUGAUGUGCUUACAACUGCGUUUACAUUUUCCUACACAAAAAACAGGUUUUUCGGGAUUGGCUGUGAAAUCACUGCGACAUUGAUAGGGAUGUCAGGAGACAACAAAACAGCUACAACUACUAACUCUUGUGUAUCAAAGUGCAGUAGCAGCAUAAAGAAUAUGUUCCAAGGAGCUUGUACUGGUCAGAACAAUCUUCUUCUGCCAUCGGAUCUUCUUUUAGAUGGAGGUAUUCGUAAAAAUACAACGAUCAUACCAGUGGUGCUCGAUUGGGCUAUAGGAGAUAUGACUUGUGAACAAGCUCAAGUAAACCCUAAAACUUACGCGUGCCAGAAUAAUAGUCGGUGUACUGAGACAGUUAACAAUCCAGGAUAUCGUUGUGCUUGUACAAAAGGUUACGCUGGAAACCCCUAUCUUAAACCUGGAUGUCAAGAUAUAAACGAGUGUGAAGAUGAAUUCAGCAACCCCUGUAAAGGAAUAUGUACUAAUACGGAUGGAAACUAUAGCUGCUCUUGCCCAGCCGGCAGUCAUGGCGAUGGAAGGAAAGAUGGAACUGGUUGUGCUUCCAAUUUUCCAGUAAUAAAGGCAGCUCUUGGUAUUGGUUUCGGAUUAUUGUUUCUCGCCAUCUGCGCUUCUUUUUCCUACGUUGUCCUUAAGAAGCAAAAGCUACUCAAAGUUAAAGAGGGGUUCUUUCAGAAAAACGGUGGAUUACUAUUAAGAAACCAUCUGUCCUCCCAAGAACGUGGUAUAGAAACAACAAAGAUCUUCACAGCAGAAGAGGAGGGUUCGGUACAGUUUACAAGGGAACUGUGA